AUGAGGGAAGAUCCCAAGGACAAGCAGUACUGCUACUGGCCAGGUCAUUAUGGAUGCCUCAACGGAGACCUCUACGUGUGCGAUGCCCACAACAUGUGGGUGCUAUCUGCGAAGUGCGGAAAAUCAAGCAAAGGCGAGGACUGCUGCAAAAUCGGCCCAGAAAUCGGCGUUGCUCGCUGUGUCUGUCCCGCAGCCGAGUCCUCAAAUCUCCUCGAAGACCGCAGCAUGGCCGACAUCGAAGCUUCAGCCAUCGGGACCGUCGCUGCCGACCUACCCUGCGGAGUGGUUGGCCUUCACUGGUGCGAUGAAAUAGCUUUCAGGGGUUUGUAUGUCUGCGGGCAGAAUUUCCAGUGGCAAUUGGUUGCUGAUUGUGGGACGACGAGCACUGGGUUUGGCUGCUGUAGGGCGGUGUUGCCUGGUAGCGCUUGGUGCGACUGUCGAGGCCUUCCUGGAGGUCCGCCUAUGUUUCUACUCGCUGGUGUCAGUGCAGCUGCAGCUGCUGUUGCUGUUGAUGCUGGUACGACCGAGACAACUGUUCCGACCACGAAAGAUAUUGCCUCUCGGGAAGCCCCGUCUUCCGUUGCUCCCGACUCAGUCACCCCCGAAUCAAGCAACGAAAAGUGUACGCCUGGUCAAUUCUGGUGUGAAACGCCCGGCUGGGACUGGGUCAUUGUUUGCAACUUGAAUGGUGACUGGGAAAGGUCAAACUUCUGUGGAAAAACAAGCGAAACCUAUGGCUGCUGUAGGAGCUCCUCCAUCCCUAGUCAUUAUGCAGUAUGCGACUGCACAACUCUACCCGGCGUUCCACCAGCUCUACUUCACGACCGCGCUGUCGAUGUAAUCGGACAGGUAUCUGAAGACAUCCAGGAUGGUGAACCUGGCGGCAAAUGUUCGCCAGGAACCUUCUCAUGCCGCCAACCUUUCGUCGACGGAGACCUCCUAGUCUGCGGAGUCAAUGGCGUUUGGCAAAUCUCAAGCCAUUGCUGCGGACCAUAUACCUGCUACGACCCUCCAGGUGACGAGCAACCCCACUGCGAGUGCGUUCCGAAAGCCCUGGAUUCCAACCUGGUCCGGGAUAUCGCGGGCAACGACGAUGUAGCUGUCGAAGCUCCUCGCUCGGUCUCUUCUGAACGCUCAGCAGACCCAGUAGCACACGGUUGCUCACCAGGCACAUUCGAGUGUAGAAAAAAGGGCACUGAGAUCUUCCUCUGCAAUACUAAGGGUUUCUGGGAGCUGAGUCAGGUGUGCAAAGGAGCUUCAAAAUGCAAUGUUCGAAGUAACGGCGAGGCGUACUGCGGCCCGGGACGACUUGACCACAAGGUUUCACCCGGAUCCGCGAUCUCUUUUGCACGCUCUGCAGACAUCCAACAAGCAUGCCAGCCAGGAGAACUCAAUUGUAGUAUUAUGCCGGCUACUAAUCAGGGUGUGAUCAUGGUCUGCAAUGCUUCGGGACAGUGGCAGCUAAGGAUCUUCCACACUGCUCACUGUAGCCAUAGAAACGGCUUCCUCAGCGGCGAGGGCGUAGGAUACGGUGAAAAGACGGCUUGA